AUGGAUUAUUCUUAUUUUGAAAACUUUAUGAAAACCAAUUCAUUAUUCAUUAGACAAGAAGAAAAAAAAAGAACUAGGAAAAUGUUGUCCAUGGAAAAUACAAAUAACAACAAUAGCAAUAUUAAUAACCUUAGAAGAAUUAAUAAUGAUGGUAACAACAACAACAACAACAAUAAUAAUAACAACAAUAAUAAUAAUAAUAAUAAUAAUAAUAAUAAUAAUUCAGAAAUGCAAAUUGAUAGAGAAUAUAAUAAUUUAAAUAUCACUCUAAAUUUACAAUCUUCUCAAAAUAAUAGUAAUAAUAAUAAUAAUAAUAGUAAUAAUAAUAAUAUUAAUAAUUUACAAAGAAUUGAAGCAGAGCAAGCUCAAACAGUUGCUUUUCAAAAUAAUAUUUUAAAUAGUCUAAAUGAAAAUAAUAUAAAUUUAUUAAAUAGAGUUUCAAUUAUUAGAUUGCACAGAGAAUUAAAAUUACAAUUAUUAAAUUCCAACAACAAUAAUAAUAAUAAUAAAGAAAUUAAUGAAAAUAAUGAUAAAAAUAGUAAUAAUAUAGAAUAUGAUACUGAUACAAUUAUGAGAGAUUGUUCAAAUUAUUAUAAUGAAAAAUCAAAUGAUGAUUGUGAUGAAUAUUAUAUUAAUAAUGAUAAGGAUAAUAAUAUAAAUAAUAAUAAUAGUAAUAAUAAUAAUAUCUAUAAUAAUAAUAAUAAUAAUGAAAUUAGUUUAGAUGAAAAUAAUAAUUAUAAAAAUAAUAGUAUUGAUAAUGAUGGAUUAGAAUCAAUAUUUAAAACAUCAUUAUCAUAUCAACAAUUAUUAGCAAUAAUACAAUCAGAGAAAUUACAGUUUAAAUGUAAAAAUAGAAUUAAUGUUCAAUCAUUAAUUCAAGUUUCAAGUACCAAUAGUUUAUUGCAAUUAAUUAGCAAUGAUAAUGAACUAUGGAAAAAGAUCGUUAUCAAUAGAUUUGGUGGUGAUACAACAAUUCAAGUUCCAAAACCAUAUUAUCCAAUUUGGAAAGACUAUUAUAAGGCAUUUAAAGCUUAUAAGGGUGUUUGGGACUCUAAUAAAAAGGGUAAAAUAUUCAUCACCAAUAAUAAUCGUACCAUCACUCAUGCAGGUGAUUAUUUGGGUAGUUAUCAAUCUAUAAGAGGCUCUGAACCAAUUUCAAGUGGCAUUGUGUAUUGGGAAUUCUAUAUCAACACACUAAGUGCAAAUCAAACUGGUUUUCAUUUAGUGGUUGGUGUUGUACCUGAAAGUUUCUCAAUUUGGCAAACUUAUUUAACUUCAAAUGGGGGUUGGGGUUAUUUGGCCGAUGGUAGAAAAGCCAAUAAUAGUGGUAAUGGUGUUACAUUUGCCUCUUGCUUCGUUCAAGAUUCUACAAUUGGUUGUCUAUUAGAUAUGAAUCAAAAAACUUUAUCCUUUUAUUUAAAUGGUGUUUUCCAAGGUGUUGCAUUUGAUAAUAUUGAAGGCACAGUUUAUCCAGGUGUAAGUUUGUUAACUGGUGGUCAAUCAGUUUCUUUUGUUAGUGAUGUUGUUUUUAAUAAAUUACCACCACAAAAACCAUCAAAUACAACAACUACAACUACAACAACUACAACUCCACCUCAACAAUAA